GAUUCAGUCAGUUGACUGGUAUUCGCCAUACCGAGCGGGUCUCGCCUUUGAAACUCAGAGGAUUGCCGACGAACUUGAAGACGGAUCACCAAGCCUCCUCCUGAAUCUCGCUGUUACAUCGCCUUUCGACGCGCCCGGUUUUACCUUCGAAAGAAUGCUCAUCAGCUCGGUUCUCUUCCUGGCAGUCUGGACUAGUUCGUCAUUCGCGGAAGAAUCGUCCCCCAACGAUGCCGCGUCCGCCAAACGGGCGCCUAUGGGAUUUCAGGGUAUGCGCGGCAAGAAGGACCUCAUCCCCACGAUCGCAGAACACAACGAGUUUUCCAAAAGAGCGUUAGUGGAUUUUCAGAGUAAGGACUCGAACGUGCCCGACACCGAAGACAAUCUCCUGCACGACGAGUUUGACAAGCGAGCGCCGAUGGGGUUUCAGGGUAUGAGGGGGAAGAAGGAUUAUUUGAUACCUGAUUUCGAAGACUCCUACUUCCGCGAGGACUACGAGAAGAGAGCGCCAAUGGGUUUUCAGGGUAUGAGAGGCAAGAAGGCCGCGCUGGAGGAUGAAUACUAUAAACGUGCACCUAUGGGGUUUCAAGGAAUGAGAGGGAAGAAGUCUUUGGAAGAGGUGUUGAGCGAGAUUGAAAAGAGGGCCGCGAUGGGCUUUUACGGUACAAGAGGGAAGAAAACAUACAUUUUCGAGUAUCCGCAAGAUUAUGAAAAGAGACUGCUUGCUAUGGGAGCUCAAGAUAUGCGCGAUAAGAUGAAAGAAUUUCCAGCGGAGUGGGAGAAAAGGGCCCCUAUGGGAUUUCAAGGGAUGAGAGGCAAGAAAGCAUUGCUUGACGAGAUCGAGGAACUUGAGAAACGCGCCCUUAUGGGUUUCCAAGGCAUGAGAGGCAAGAAGGACGCCUUUGAAAAUUAUAUAGAUUAUAUAGAUCCCGACGUGGAUUUCGACAAGAGAGCAUCAAUGGGUUUUCAAGGGAUGAGGGGCAAGAAAGACACUGACAAGAGGGCACCGAGGGGUUUUCAAGGUAUGAGAGGCAAGAGGAAUGUAGGACAAAGACUUGAGACCGGCAUGGAUUUUGGAAGCCGAUCACUGAACGAAUAUGAAGGAGUGGGCGAUAGAAGACACGCUCUAGCCCUGUGCCAGGUCGAAAAGCGAUCGCCCUACCGAUAUUUUGAGAUGCGCGGUAAGAAAAAUCCACGAUGGGAGUUACGGGGGAUGUUUGUGGGGGUGAGAGGCAAAAAGUGGGCGAGAGCUCCGUACGAGGACAACGGCUCGUUCGUAAGGGUGUUUGAUAACACCGAAAGGAUCGGCGUGGAUGGGGAUUCGCCAGCAACAUUAGAUUCACAAUAAUACAGCAGCUCUUAGAAACGGUAACGAAACUGUUACGAGACGUCUCCUCCAAAUAAUUAAACCGAUGUAGCUAAAUCUAAGAACGAGAAAAAAAAAGAAAAGAUGACGCGUCUAUCAGUUAUGAUGAUGGGUGGAAGAAUGCUGUCGUCUAUUGAUUUUCAAUCCGUUAAUUAAGGCUUCGUAUUAUAGUUAUUUUUAUAUAUCAUAAGCCGAUCUUGGUCUAGUCACUGUAGCUUGCUAUACGUACGCUAUCACUUAUAUUUCGCCGCUAUUAUAAGAUUCAGAAUUGCGUGCGUUGGACGCAGGUCGCAAGCUGCGCGUUGCAGAUACAAUCGCAGCUGAGGGCGUAAACUCGAAGCGUAUGAGCACAAUGUACGGAAGAAGAGUUCUACGAUGGUGUUUCAUAAACAGUAUUUCACGAAACUCUUGCUGCGAUUUCCUGAACAACUCUUCCGUGAGAAAAUUACAUUUACGUGUAAUUAAAUUGUCUGAAUAUAUUUGUUUCGUCCUACACUUAUCUCUUGCCAAGAUAUAUUUCGAGGGGUUUCACACGUGAAGAAGAAAUACUUUUUACGAUUGUCAUAAUUGACGACAAAUUUUCCAUAUCAAAAAAACACAUAAAUCUGAAAUGAAUUUCAACUAAAUUAUACGGAAAUUUUAACCAAAAUUAACUACGUUAACAAUGUUUAAGUACUUGUGGUACUGUAUUACGUGUUAAAUUAAAAUUUCUGUAAAAAGAAAUUGUUAUUAACGGGUAAAGAGGACAUGCUUAAAAUUAGAUCCAUAAAAAUGUCUGAAUUUCUAAAUGUUAAAUAAGCUUGUAUUUAAAAAAGAUUGUAUGUUUAAGUAGAAAUAUUUAACUACAAUACUGCUGAAUUUUGUGUAUUUUUUAAAUAAAGACUGUGUGCAUUAAUCAGAAACAAGAAAGUUCGUUACUAAUUGAAACAUGAAAAUCAGCUCUUAACUUGUGAUCUAAUAUAGUUACGAAAACUUUUUACUUACAUGCAUUCACUAUUUAAGUCCUCCGACCUGUGUUGCAAACGACACGUUAUACUGGCGAUGUGUAAUUAGCGAGAUUAUACUACGAAGAUAUCUUCCGCCGAUUAUAAUUGUACAUGUCAGCGAAGUCUUUCAAAAGAUGCCUAUCAGUAUUAUUGUUAAUUUAUACCAGGAUGUACAGUGUAACAAUCAUAGUGGUGAUGCAUUCUUGAAUGAAUUUGUAAAAAUGAUUAUUCGUUAACAAAGAGAUUCAAAUAAAAAUUGGUAGUAAUUUUGGGACACUGAAUAUCUUAAACAUGAAAAUGUUUGAAUAAAACUUAAAAAGAACGUUGCUUUUAAAUUGACAAGUGGCAAGAGUUAAAAUUAAUGCUUAAAAUUAAGUUUACGAAAAGCAUUUAAAUUCUUAAAUUUGCAUAAGCAAUUGAAUAAGCAGACUUAAAAAAAUCACGUAAAUAAAGUAACUUUGUUGUUAAGGAAAAAUCGAUUUGAAAUUCAUGGAAAAGUGCAUUUCUACUAUUAAUCUUUUAUGGAACACACUCGGUGUAUUUAUAUAAAUCUCGUGCAGGAUUUGUUCUAUUUUAAUUUAUGGACACAUAUCGGCACAAUUACGACAAAGUAAUUUCACGUUCUCGACUUCGAGAAAUAAAAUGUAAACGGGGAACAGAUGGCGUGUAAGCUAAGAUUGAAUAGUAUAUAAAUAUCUAGCGUAUCUCGUGACAUAGAUAGGAAUUAUAUUUUUCUCUGAAUGUUAAUCGGUAAUUGUUAUCGUAGAUACGAUUACGUAUUUGUAAUUAUUGUCCGUAUCGUUUUAUUUUCGUUUCUUCAAACGAGAUGCAGAAUUAAUUGACGUUAGAAGGUGAUUAUUUUUGUGGCCAUUGGUUGCGCUCUACGAGAAGAAAUUUAAAUCUGAUCCUGCAGAGACGCUCUUCAGUAACCUUGAUCUGAAACAUUUUGCUUCACAUUUAAUUUCUACUAAUUUUUAUAUAUUUUCUCUAAUAGUAACGCGAAUGUUACAAUGUUGUAAUAAUAGCGUAUUGCAUAUAAUAAAUUUCUUGUUGAAAGGAAUUAUAACUUAAAAAUUUCCAUCAUACAGUAUGUGAGAUUUACGUUGUCAUGUACCUAUGUUUGUUGCAUAUCUUGUUAUAAAAUAAUAAAUUGCUUCAGGCUCUAAUAUUUCUAUA